CUCCUCAACUCCAGGAUCGACCCCUCCAUCCGCCUCCGCCGAGCAAUCCGCUCCAAUGACCACCUCCUCGUCGCCCGCAUCCUCAAAUCCCACCCUCACCUCCUCCACAACCCCGACCCAGACGAACGCUUCGGCCUGUCCAACUCCAACCUCCACCUCGCCGCCUCAUUGGGCCAUCUACAAAUAUGUCGAUUGCUGAUAUCCCUCGGCCACGAACGAACCAGAACAGCCGAUAACACCCCCACCGAUGACGACGAUAACAUCACACCAUCACUGAAUGACAACCAUCAGACACCACUCAUGCUCGCUUCUGCCGCCGGCCACACAGAAGUAGUCCACUGCCUAUGCGAAUUCCACCCAGCGGGUAUCGUCAGGCAGGAUAUACGAGGGCGGGACGCAAUCAUGGAAGCUUCACUACAUGGGCACGACACAGUUGUUCAGUUGCUGCUAACGUACGCGCCUGGUGGAGCGGAGAGUGCGUUGAGAAACGCUGAUUUGGAUGGGAAUACCGCGUUGCAUUUUGCGAGUAGUAAUGGGAAUUUGUUGGUAUUGAGGACAUUACUGGCGGCGGGGGCGGAUCCGAGAAGGACCAAUGUUUGGUUGUGGACGGCUGAGGCGUACAGUGCUACUGUGCAGGCGGAGGUGUAUCUGAAGGGGUUGGUGGUGGAGGUAGAGAGGAGGAGGGGGUUGAGGGCACAGGAGACGACACCACAACAAGAAAGUCCCAAGAGGAUUAGGGAGGGGGUUGGGGUUAUGGAUGCCAGCCCGAAGAAGGAAAUGGUGGUGGGCAAGGGGAGUCCGAGGAAGGGGUUUAGCUUGGGUUUUAUGGGCGGUGGGGUUAGGUUGGUGAGGGAUGGGGUUGGGGAUUGA